AUGGAAGAUGCAUCUGUUCAACAUUCGGAGCGUGAAAUCGUGAAGCUUCUGUACGAAAAGGAUAAUCAACUUCGCGAAAUGCAGAUGUUGAUCGAUUGGUUAGAAAGACGGGUUCGUGAACAUAUUGAACAAGUAGCUGAACGAUACGAAUGCCUAUUCAACCAGUCUACAACUUGGGAGAACACGGCUCAUUUGUUGAGUUACCUCCCUCCUAAUGAGGUUCGGACACGAAAACUGGUUACCGAACUGCAUCCGGACGCAGUGAACUGUACGGGAGGUAAACUUACCAUAGAAGACCAAAAGGAUAAUGACCGGUUCUUAAACUAUCUGUUCCUCUGUGUUCGCGGUGGUGAUUUAAUGCGGGCCCAUCGGUUAUGCAUGCAGCGUGGUGAAUUCUGGCGUGCCGUAUCGUUGGAAGGAUGGCGUCCCUUUCACUUCUCCGGGUUCAUGCCCAAUUCGUCGGACAUUCGUUUUGACGGUGCCGCCACCGAUACUGAUGACCAAAUGGAUCAAGAUUUGGAUGAUGCAAAUCCGGAAUCUACCGGACCGACUGGUCGAACUGUGAGGAAUGUUACGCGUGUGACACGCCCGGCCGCUACGGAUGUGACAACUCGACUUCACAUGUACGAACGAGCGAUCUAUGCGGCCAUGUCAGGCAAUUUGGGUGUUCUGCAACGUACACUUCCCGCCUCCUGGACGGAUUUGUUAUGGGCGCAUUGUCGUGCAGCUGUGGAGGCCCGAGUGGAUUCCAGUCUGCGCCACCUACUUCACACUGGCCCUCGUGCAAAUACACUUGCUGUUACAGGCAAAACCAAUUCUCUAUGGCCGUUAGAUGCUGGUCUCAGCUUACCAUCGAUUGCAUGGUUACCGAAGGAGUGGACCAUCGGUGAUGCUUUCGAUCGCGUCGAAUCCACUCUGGGUUGGUCCGCGCUGGGCUACAUGCAGAACGCAUCGGCUAUCGCAUUAGAUGAGGUACGCCGCUCGGCCCUGAACGAUUUCCUUCUUGGCGAUGGCUCACAGCGAUCCACUAUUCCUAUGUAUGAUCGAACAUCGGGUCAACAGGCGCCCAUUUCAGUCUUACUCCACUGCAUUUUCUAUGCUACCCAACAGGCCGUGAUGCUCCGCGACUACGAUGCGUACCUGUCAACUCUGGCUGACCUGAUGCCUAAACUGGUCACUGCCGGUCUGGGUCUCACUCUUCCACCGGAUCUGGGCCCUUUGAAUACCUUGGAACCACCACAACACAUUCAGUCGGGUACGAAGGAUGUGGUUGUUUGUCAAGCGCUGCGAUUUUUGGCACAUUUCGUCCUUUUCCUCCGUGCCGUGGAGCCGAAUAUACAAGAUGAGUCUUGUGCAGAAGUUAUCAAGGCCUAUCUAUAUUUGUUGAUGGCGGAACAACGCAGUGAAUUGGUCGCAAACUAUGCCUCUACUCUGCCCACCAAUGCUCUUCGAAUCCAGUGGUACUCAGCAUUUCUUGCUGGUAUCACUCAAGCACACGAACGAGAGCAUUGUUUACAGUUGGCCGUCGCCUACGGUUUCGAUGUUCCACGUCUUUCCCGUGCUGUGGUUCGUCUCAUCCGUCAGCGCCAACCGGUAGCCCCGUUCCAACUUCGAUCCGUCAAUGAUUGGUCUGGUCGUGGUGUUUCGACACGCCAUCCUGCCUUGGUUGACACGGCUCAAGGAGCGGAACUAGCUGCCAUGCUGCAGGAGGAAAAAUUGGGCAAGCUUACCGAAGCAGAUCGGAUGCGAAUUAUUGCAAUGGAUUGGCUGUUCUUCGACCCGAAACAGCGGGGAGAAGCGCUGGUUGUGGCCAACAGUCUUUUACGAGUAUUUGUCGCAAUGAAUUGUUUGAAAGCAGCCCAACAAGUUCUUUCCAAACUCCCACCGGGGACAUUGGGACAGGCCGAGUUGAUCUGUGAAAAUCUGGGAUCACCUCAGUGGCUGGUCAACGCCAUUCACGAGCAUCAGUGCUUGGUUUUAUAUUUGGAUAGCCAGGCAAUACAUGAGGAACACAAGGUUGAAGAACUAACUCCGUACUUCAUUGAUCUUGAUAAUCGACGAGGCGCACAACAUCCAUCCAGCACAGUAUGA